CUUGACUUGAUAUUCAGAUUAAAGAAUCACACAUAUUUGUAGUGAUCAAAGCUUAUUACUAAUUUAUAUUACUCUCGAGUGAUUGUGUUAUUAAAUUAUUAUGUUGCAUGUUUUAAUAAAAAUUAUUAAGAAUUAUGAACUUUAAUGAACACUACAGUUUUUUUAUGAAAAUCUGUUUUUCAACUGCGAAUAUAUGAAUAGCUUAUUUAUUUUAGCUUCGAUGCGAAGCUGAAAAGAAUAACUAAUUGGUUUUAAAUAGUACUAAGUGUGUAAAUACUCAAUUUGAACAUUCCAACAUUGAUUCUAUAUUAAAGAUUGGUAAAAAUAACAAAACUAACAAGCUCAUAAAAAAAACAGAAAAUAAAUCUAGCAUCGUUGCAUUGAGAGGCAAAUUGUCAGUGCCAAUAAGGAUAAAGCCAAAAAAAAGAUUAGAAGUGACUAGAAGUAAUAGACAUAUUGACACGCCGGUAAAGGUCGCUAGAUCUUUAAACUCAUGUUUAUCUUUAAAAUCGCAUAAGACGCAAUUGCAUAACAGUCAUCAAACAACAUCUAAAAAUGAUGAAGAUUUUCUUGAGGAUGACUUCGAAGUAUUUAAACAGAAUUUAUUCAAUCAUUGUGAAAACCAACAUUUGAACUCUAAAAAUGAAUCCAGACCAAUGUCAGUGUCCAUAUCAUUUCGCAAAACCCUUGAGAUUUGUUCUAAUGAGGAUUCAGAAAACUUUAUACAUUUUAACAAGAACAAGUGGUUAGAAAUGACAAUUCAAGAAAAAAAUAUGUGGCUUAAGAAAUAUCUACAUAAAAUAAAACGUGAGAUAAUUUUAGUAUAUAGAAUGAUAGUAGAUUAUCGUGGAGGAGACAUAUUACAAGAUGAACUAUCCGAGUUAUCAUCAAUUUCAUCAAUGGUUGACAUAAAACCAAUAAAAGAUCUCAAAAGUCCUAAUAUUCAAAAUGAUUACUUAACUUUAAUGGUUCAAAUCAAGGAACUUCAAGAACGAUAUAAUGAAAUUUUGUUGGAAUUGGAAAACACCAAAAACACUAAUACUCAAUUAUCAAAUCGUUUAAACGUAAAAAAAAUUGACCAAGAGAUUUUAACUGAUGGAAUUAGAGUUGAAGAAGUUGAAAAAAAAUUCAAUGAUGCAAAAGAAGAAUUAAAUUCUAUGUAUUUAAAAUUAACUUUUUCAGAAGACCGGAUUGAUAACUUACUGGGAGAUUUAAAAAAUAACCAUGCUGAGUUGGAAACGACAAAGUCGUUAGUAAUAAAGUUAGAAGAAAAAGUAGAAAGUUUAACUAAAACCAUAGAAGAAGUUAAUAAGAAUAGUAACAUACAAAUGAAAAGAAUCGAAGACCUAUGUGAAGAGCGAAAAAAACUUAGAAUAGAUUUAGCUGAUGCAUCUAGGGAAAGAGAUUUAGCAUUGGAGGAAAUAAUUGAAUUAAAAAAUAGAGAAAAUAGGAAUAAUAAAGAAUUGAUCGAUUUAAGAUCACGAGUUUGCGAGAAGAGAACAGAUAUUGUUAUGAAAUCAAUGAAACUUAGUAAUUACAUAGACGAAAUAAAUGAAAAAAAUGAUCAAAUCAAGCACAUGCAGGAAAUUAUUUCUACUCAUGAAAAUAUUAUUAACAGUUUGACAGUUGAUAAUGUGGCGCAAAAUAAGAAAAUAAUAAGCUUAGAAGCAAAUAAAAUUUCAAUGGAGGACAAGUUAAAAUCAUGGGAAAGUAAAGCAACUUGUUGGAUGAACUCAUUCGUUCGCGAUCAGUUUGAGUCAAAAAUAGAGCAGCAAAAAAACGAAAUUGAAAGUUUAAAGAUAUUGGUCAACAAUUUACGAGGAGCAUACAAAAAUACUGAGACUGAAAAAAAUGGGCUAGAGUAUGAAAAUAAUAGGAUAAUAGAAAUGAAACAACGAGUAAUCGAGAAGCAGAACAACGUCAUAAAUUUAAUGAGAGAAAUAAAUUCGCACCAAUCAAAUGAAUUAAUUGAUAGUAAAGUACUAGAAUCUAUGAAUACAAUUUUUUCGAAAUAUGAAGAAGAUAAAAUGUUAGCUGAUAAAUUGGAGGAAGCCUUAAUCGAAAAAACCCGUUUACAACGUUUAGUAAAUGAUUACAAAUUACGGCUGAAUUGUUCUAUCGAUUAUAAUGUUCAACUGUUGGAAUAAUAUGUGAUUUAACAGCAUUUAUUAUAAUAGCUGAAUAAUUAUAAUGAAUAUUAUGUAAUGGAAAAAUAUACAACCAUUAUGUUUAGUCACAAUUUAUAAA